CACCGAUCGAUAAUCACAACGCUGAUGGCGAAAAAUAAAAUCGCCUUCGUCGAUGGAUCAAUCGCGCGACCUUCUUCUACUGAUCUGUUGCAUUCACAAUGGGUGCGAUGCAACAGCAUGGUGGUCUCAUGGCUACGAAAUUCUGUAAUACUGGAUAUCAGCUCCAUUAUCAUGUAUUUGGAUGAUGCCUAUCAGAUCUGGAAUGGUCUCAAGGAUCGUUUCUCUCUAGGUAAUCUGGCUAGAAUCUAUCAACUUAAGCAACAAUUGCUCACUCAAAAGCAAGGCUCGGAUGCUGUUGGAGCAUAUUACACCAAAUUGUGUGUGCCAUGGGAUGAAUUUAAGGAUUUCCAGCCUGCGCGAUGGUGUAUAUGUGAUCACUGCAGAUGUUAUAGUGCAAAGAAAUGGAGUGAAGGAUUAUGCUAUGCAGUUUCUUAUUGGAUUGCAUGCGAGUUAUUCACAGAUCAGGUCACAGCUCUUGCCUGUGACUCCUUUACCACACAUUUCUAAGAUUUUUGCCUUUGGUAAUAUAGAUACAACGUCAACUAACUAUUGAAUCUUCAUUUUCUCAGUCUACUUACACUGUUCCUGAGCAAUCUGGCUCAAUGAUAAAUGCAGUUGGUUUUGCUCGAGGUAAAGGUGGAAAAGGAAAAUUUCUCUGUACAAAGUGUGGUAAAACAAAUCACACUGUUGACAAGUGUUUUGAGAUUAUAGGAUAUCCACCUUGCUACGAUCGUGGUAAGAAAAAACCUCAAAACUCCGUUGGUUUUGGUACUGUGAAUACUGGAUCUAUGAAUCAACUCAGCAAUGGAGGAGAGUUUCAUUCUGAUUCUGAGUUGCAAACAUGAAUUAAUCCUCUUACUAAUGAGAAUAUCGCACAGUUGCUUUCUUAUUUGCAGGCUCAAAUGCAUAAGCAGCCUGCUCUUGCGGCUAUCACUAAGGAUGUUCCUGAUAUGUCUCAUGUGCAUGCUUUCUCUCCAUUCAGUGGAAGCUUCUCAAGGGAAUGUGAUUGGGAAGGGUAACGGGAUUGGGAACCUGUAUAUUUUAGAGACUUCUCCAACCUCUACUCUUACUGGUUCUAUUUCUACUGUAUCUCUUGUGGUUUCUGCAAAUAUUUGGCAUAACAGGUCUGUCACUGGCUUUGCUGUAUUUCUUGGCUCCUCUCUCAUAUCAUGGAAAUCAAAGAAAUAGGUUACCAUUUCUAGAUCUUCUGCUGUGGUGGCACAAGCAAGUUGUGAAGUUACUUGGCUUCGCAAUUUGUUUCUGGAUUUUGGCAUACAACAGCAGAAGUCUACUCAUCUUUAGUGUGAUAAUAAGGCAGGCGUGUAUAUCUGCUGCAAUCCAGUAUUUCAUGAGUGAACGAAGCACAUUGAAAUCGAUUGCCACAAUGUGAGAGACAAAUUUGUGGAAGGUCUCAUCAAGCCUCUUCAUGCUUUGCAGCUGGCAGAUGUUCUCACUAAACCAUUGUCGGCACAAGAUGGGAUUCAUGAGUAUGUACUUUCCAUAUUGAGGGGGUGCGUUGAAGCUUAAAGAGCAUGCAUGAAUAGGUUGCAUAGCUCCGCGUCACAGCUGAUUGCUGCUUCUCUUGUAUUGUUUGUUAGCUUAGUUGUCAGCAUUUGAUUAGUAGAUAGCUUGCAUGCAACGUCACACUUGCUGCAUGAAGAGCUUCCAUGCACUUGUAUUUGUUAUUUUUGAAGCAAAUAAUGAAGAGCUUCUUCUUCUUGUUUCUCGAGUUUUCUUUAUUAUUCAACACCAUUUCUAUUAAUUCCAAAAUUGACUACAA